UACACUGUGAUAUGAUAUAUGUAUGCAUGUGAAAUGUAUACGUGUGGAAUGGCAGAAUCAAACUAACAUAUCCAUCACCUUAAAUACUUACCAUUUGUUCCUCCUGCUUAACUGCAACUUUGUACUCUUUAACCAACAUCUCCUUAUUCCUCCCCAUCCCCACCCAAUCUCUGGUAACCACCUACUGCUUUCUGCUUCUAUUGAGUUCAGUUGUUUUAGAUUCCACAUAUAAGGAAAACAUGUGGUUUUUGUCUUUCUAUAUAAUUGGGCCUUAUUUUAGAUAGUCUUCCUCUUGGCCUUGAGUUAUUUUAUUUAAAAUUAGCCUGAAGCUUUUUUUUUAUAUUAAACUGAGGGAAGACAUUGUUCCUGUCUUUGAUGGCAGUUCGUCCUAAAUUUUACCAAUAACUGUACACUUUUUGGUAAGUUUUAUCUUGUAUCUAUUGCAUCUGUUGGGAUGCUUAUAGAGUUUUUCUUCUCUUAUCUGUGAAUAUGGCAUUAUUGGUAGAUUUUCUGAACCAUUUAUGAUAACCAGGGCAAAACCUAUUUGUUCUUAGUGGAUUUUCAUUUACGCUAUAGAAUUAGUCCAUAUUUAAAGGAUAUUUGUAACUGUGUUCAUAAAUGAGGUUAGUCUGUAAUUUUCUCUUCUUCUAGUGUGUUUAUUUUAAUUUGGAAUCAAGGAUAGAUAUUCUAGCCUUAUAAAAUGAGAGUCAUAUCUAUCUUAGUGUGGAAGAAACUCAUGAUAUUACCUCCCCUUGAGGCAUUUGCAAUCAAUUUAAGUUAAAACUCUUAACUGGGAGGAAAAAUAUUUUUAACUUUAAAGAAUUUUGAGACAUAAACCUAACAUAGCGGGUUCCCUUUAACCAACCCUAUGCCUUUUUUUGGUUGUGGGACUGCAAGAAGAAAGUAGGGGAUAGAGAAAAUGUUGGUAAAGAAUAAGGUUGUUUCCAUAAGGCUCUGUCAUAGCAAUGCAAUUAUUUUGGUGAUUAUCUUUGUUUUUUGUCAGACCUAUGGUUUAAUAAAUUGGGAUUAAGAAGAUAGCAGGUUGAUGGCAUUAGUUAGGGAAGAUAUUAUGAGAGAAGGUGUUAAAUGAACAGAGAAAAAGGCUCUUGCACCAAAGUUAAAGGUGAUCUGAUAUUUACUUAGUUUAUUUACCAAAUGUCCUUUAUAAAGGCAAAAGGGUAGAACUUCUUCUUCAGGCCCCACUAUUACCCCACUGGUUGCAUUAAACCAUUUAUGACCUCAUUCUUUAUCUGAGUCUUUCCUUGGGGCUAGUUUUAGUCAUAUUUUUAUCUCUAUAAAACAUCAGGAUGGGAGGUGGUGUGUGUCUGUAGUCUCAACUGCUAGGGAGGCUGAGGCAGGAAGACUUCUUGAAAACAGGAUUUCAAGGCCAGCCUAUGCAACAUAGUGAGACCCUAUCUCUCUGAAAAAAAAAAAAUCUGGGGAGGUAGCUGUGGCUUUACAUGUGAUUUGACCCAUAUUUCAUCUUAUUUAAUCCUGUAAAAAAUAAUUUAAAAAACAAAUGUUAGGAACUUUAAUCUUGGGGCUUCUUAACUGUCUGAUGUGACUGAUGAUGUAAUUUCUUUAAAGAGAAUAUGCUUACUUUUUUUGUUCUUCUAAUUGUAUGAUAAUUUUAAUCAACACAACUUUUAAGCAUAUACAAUGUACCAGGUAAGAUAUAUGUAUGUAUGUGAAAUAUAUGUGUGUGAAAUGAUAGAAUCAAAUGAAUGGAUAUGUAGAGACAAUAUUCUUAAGGAGUUUGAGCUCUCCUUUUCCAUCUUUGCUCUUUAUGGCCCUUUCCUUUUCUGAUAUCCAAGCACUUUUGUUUCUCUUUGCCUCUCUGUCAAAGCAAAGAGACUUUUAAAGGAAAGUUUGAGUCAAACCUAAGCUGCUUCCAUUGAGAAGAAUUAGUAUAGUUUUCUGACCAUGGGCCUAUUGUUUGUUUAGAAUGCAGCAUUAAUAAGGGCACAAUGCUAGCCUUGAUUUUUAUAUGGACCAAUUAACUUUUCUCUUUUCCAUGACUUUGGAUCACUACUCUAAUGAUUGAUACUUGCUAAAGACCAGGUGAGAGGAGUUGGUUGCAAAAUGUUAGAAAAAUAGGACAAAUUGCAUUCUUGCCUGGUAUCAUUCUUAUUUAUAAAAGGCAAACCAUUACUUAAGGGCUUUGCUUUAAAACGAUUAUUAUUAAAAUAAGUUGUAAAGGAAUGUGGAAAAAAGAAAAGGUAAUGAAAAGGAUUUUCUUAUGUUAUUUAUUUUUUUCUUUCUGUAUUAGUUAAUUCUUAAGAAUGUCUUCUCCAUGUCAUUUAGUUUCCUUUUUAAUACCUUUGGAUGCAAGAUUGAGCUUUGCUGGCCUUUAUUUCUUGUUCCUCAGGUGUUAGUGCCAGCUUUGGCAACCUCAUUGUCAGUGCUGGCUCAAAUGAAGGAAUGGCUGAAGGCUCCUUUUGGAUACCCACUUCACUGGUUAUUUUAAUUGCUCAGAGGGAUAAUUGUUGAGUGGUGCCAUAGGAUAGUAUUUCCCUUGCCACAGGGGUUAGGAAUUCUGCCCAAUAAUCACUCCUAUUCCUGCUGGAUAUGUGUCUGUGAGUGAAAAGACAUAACUGGCUUGAGAUAUAUCCCUAAAGCUCUAUGUAGGGAACCUGUUAGAUUAACUUUUGGAAACUGAUGGAGUCAUCAUGGAUACUUUCCUAUUGAUCUUUUGUAGAAACAACAAAUUUGCAAAGCUUAAAAUUAGCUUCUUAAUUAUCUUACUCUAGGACACCUUCUCAUGUAGUGUCCUCGGACUACUUUUCUUUGCUUUCCUCUUUCACAGACAAAGCUGUUGGAGGAACAAUAGGUAUGUAAGUGAUAGGGAUUGGACUUCCAAAGAAUUUUUAUUUUCACUGCUAUUGUGGCUAUAUCUGCUGUUGUAAAGGGCCAUGAAAUACUGUUUUCUGGUAUUCUGUGGAAUAAAACUGUCUAUACUUUCUAAGACACAGUAUUGAACAAAAUUCUGGGUCUAGUAUCCAUUAGAUAGCUCCUCAAACUUAGCUGCUUUUGUGAGUGGAAGGGAAGCAUCUGAGACAAAAAUGUUUGUAGUUUUGAAACCUCUUAUUAAGGAAUAACUGAUUUACAUUAAUGUAGUACACAAAAAUAAUGGUGAACUUGUAUGGGUCACAUUUUAGGAUUAGCUUAAUAGUUGUAAUUUCUAAAGUUGAAGUCAAUGGAGAUAAAGUAUAAUGGGGCUGUUUGUUAAUUAACUUUUUAAGAAUUUUUCUCACUUAAUAAAAUAAAAAUGACAUCAAUUUUGAGUGGCUGUGUAGAUAGCAUUAAUUAAAAUGGAACAAAACAGAAGCUUCUGCUGAAGAUCUUAGGGAGUCAUCAAAUGACCUUGACCUCUUUGCUAAGACUGAAUAUUUUAAAGGCCCCAGUUCUUCUUCAUCCUUCCUUGUAUUUAUGACCUUUGCCAUAAAACUUUACAGUGCCCUUCCAAUAUUGAUAGGGCAUUUGUCCUCACGACUUGACUCUGAGAUCAUUUAGCUUACAUUGUCCAAUGGGAUGUUAACAUAUGUGACACAUGUAGAGGCUUGUAGAAGCACUUGUACAUGUCUGUUCACACUCUUGCUCUUUUCUGUUACUAUGGAAGAACAAUCCUGGGCUAGCCUGUUGGAGGAUGAGACAUAUGGAGCAGAGUUGAAUCAUGCUAGUCCCAGCCAAGGCCAGCCAACCACAAGACAUGUUAGUGAGCUCAACUGUAACCAGAGAGGUGUCCAGCUGACCUACAGACGCACAAGCUAAAUAAAUGCUUAUUGUUGUAAGCCACUAAGUUUUGGGGUAGGCAAACCUGUAGCAUUCUUCUGGCUAUAGAUAACUGAUACAACCUCAAAUAACCCUCCUUUUUAAAGGAGUCCAUGGGACAGAUAUCACUGAUGAUCCUCAGUGAUUUCUUGUUGUUCCAAUGACAAUAUUUCAUGUUAGUUUCAAGAAAUUCCUAGAACAAGCUACUCAGGAGUAUUCACUUAAGACUUGACUUAAAGUGGAUUAUGUUUUAUCUGUAGGGAAUUCUAAAGAUAUUUUCCAUUCAGUCCACAUAUUAACCUAAUGUAUAGUAGCCUUAUGGAGCACAGAACCAUUUAGUUCAUAAAGAAAGAUAAAGCAGAAAAUACCCAUAAGUAGGCAAGUAAUUGAGGUAAGUUCAUAUAGUAGGAAAUGCAAAGGACAGUAUAUCCUUUGUCAAGAGCAAUUUUGACUAAGGAGAGGUAGCAAUGGUGGGUUCAGUAAAACAGAAGGCAAAAACAACGAUUAGGAAAAGGAAACUUGAUUUACCUUUGAGCUGGUUAAAGACAACAUGGUGUAAAAAUAGCGCUAUGAACAAAGACUGAGCUUUCAAAUCUUAGCUCCAUUUACAAUCUGCAAGCUCAACUUAUUAAAGAGACAGAGGGAUAAGGGAUAGGUUGGGGAAGGUUGGAUGAAAAGAGACAAAGAGUUGGUUUUGUUGGGGCAUGGUUCUUUAAUUCAUUGUGCUUUGCAGUCAGAUGACAGUUGCCUUUUCUAAGUUCAGGUUGUAUAUAGUAUUGCUAUUUCAUUUACUUUCUUUUGUAAUAGAAAGAAGUCUGCCUUUUAGUGAUCAUAUGAAAAGUAGCUGGCUGAGAGUCUUCUGGACAGAAGUAGGGCCUUACUGAACAUAUCCAAACAAUCAUGGCCCUCCAUACAUCUGAAGCUGUAUUCGGACAAGGGGUGUUAGAUGGGGGACCUGUACUUGGUUAAUUCAUUAUAUUACUUGGAAAGGUCCUUAUUAUUGCGCACAGCAGUGUGGUCACCUGGCGGUAGGUCAUUAGCAUUUUAGUCUUCUUUUCCUCACAACAAUGUACAAAAUGCUAAUUAGAGUAUUCUGAAAGCUAAGUAACCUGUUUUAAAAAUCAGACAUUUUAAUUUGCAGCUUUAAUGGCUGUUUUAUAAUAACUGGCUUUAUUGGGGGUAAAAGCACUUCUCAUGUUCCACUAGCAAGGCAGAGUAUAACAGAAGCUGACAAAAUUAAAAACCUCAUAAUGCGACCUUUGCCUGGGAUAAAAGGCUGUUUCAUAACAAUUUCCUUUUGUUCUUUGUUUAAGCCAUUACUCUAAAAGGAGCCUCCGAUUAAUCUAAGUAAAUGCAUCAUUACAGUACUAAUCCAUGUCCUUCUGUCAGUGUCUGUUUUAAUUAAAUAAGAAAUGCUAGCAGAAAGAUAUCACGCACAAAGCUGUGAUUGGAGAAAGAAGCACUGGUUGAUCAAGGAAAAGAUUAAAAAGAGCUUUAGUGUUUUGUCCAUUUGCAUAACUCCAUAUGCCACAGAGUUUCAGGUUGAAAAGAAAACUUACAAAAGAGUUUAGAACAUUUCAUUCUUAUAGAUUUAAAAUAAUGGGAUUUACCAAUGAAAUUCUAAUCAUCCCAUUUAUCACGUUAGACAUUUCACAGCAAGGAGCAGAACAGCUUGGGGUGUGUCUUUUAAACCUUUUAUGCAAUGUUGUCUUGUAUCUGUGAAAACAUACCUAUCAAAUUUGCAUGUGUUUCUUCUUAUUUUAGGUGAAGUUCAUGGUGAAACCUGGUUGUGGGCAUACAAUAUGAUUUAUUUUUUCUUUUUAAAGUGUCUUGCCACUUUUAGUUUUGCUUUUGUAAAAAAAUGGCUUUCUAUUGAUAACACGUUAAGAACUUAGGUGUUUAAUUGGUUGUUAACAAUAAAAGUACAUUUAAUAAUUGCUUAUGAAAUUGAAUAUCGUUACAUUGUUACACAGAAACUCUUCUUAGCAGUAGUGUUGCAGAAUUCCCGUGGUGAGGGCUUUCUUAAUAUACUGGCCAUUAUUUGAUGUAAUGAAAAGAGAAAGUGUACAACAAUGAGAUUGUUAAUUAAUUUAGCCUAACAAGAUGAAGAUAAAUGAAGAGAAGCACAGAUUGAAUGAAGCAAGAGGUCUUAUUUACAAUUUAACACGUUUUUAUAUAAUGCAGAUUUCAGUUGGUAAAAAACAGACAGACCCUCACCCCAAGUACUCACUAAAAACAAAAGUAUGUCUCCUCUCCACAAUUCAACACUAAAAUCUUGGUUUGACUUUACAGAAAACAUGUACUGUCUCUAGAUAGGAGACACCUUUACAGUGUGUAAACAGUGCUUUUCUUUGGCUAAUAAUCCUACACUAGUUAACCUUUAACUUCAGUAUUUUGUUAUUCCCAAUGUAGACUGGAGAUGACCAUGAGAAUAAUUAUCUAGAACCCUUUGGGUUUCUUGUUCUUCAGGUUAUCCUGAGACAUCUUGCUUUAGUUAUUUAAUAAUAAUUUUAUUUUAAUUCUUUUUUUGCCAAAGGAAAGAAGCUCAAAAGUGGGAAAAGAAAAGAAAAAACAAGCUCUGUGCCUUUUUACAUGUGAUUGAAUCUGUAGCAAUUGUACGGAAUUCUUAAAUUAGCAUUAUUUUUUAAGGUCUCUCUUUUAGUGAUUAAUGAGCUUUAUCCAGUAUUUGACCUUUUAUCAUUCUUGCUUUCUGCUCAGAAGUACUUCCUUCCUUCCUACUGUAGUUAGAAAAGACUGUCUCUUAUCUUACGUUACUGUAGGCAGUGGUAACAGGGCUCUCUACAAAUGGCGUUAUUAUGGUCACUAUGUUUUUAUCUCAGAGGUCACGAACAAAUCCAUGCAACUGCUUCUAAGGAUUUCAAUAAAUAGGACUUUUUAUCCAGACAAUCGCCUUUUAUGUUACUUUUAAACAAAACUACUAGUCCAUCAAGAGUUUCAAAAGAAAACAAUUCUACAGAGUGCCGGUAUGGCCGCACAGACCAAUCAUCAUGGCACCCAUUCUCCAGUCCUUUAUUUUUCAAGUCCACAACAAUAGGUUGUUGAUUCAAUGGACAAGACCAGAACAAUUAAGUUCUCUGUUUAGCAGCAGUGCAGCAUUUUAAUGCCCUACUCUAAUAAUGGUCUCAUUAUUGUUAUUCUAAGACUGGGCCUCAGGAGGAGGAAUAUUUGCUGGAGGUACGUCAUUAUUUUGCAAAUUUCGAUUAGCUCAUCAUGUUGUCUGUAGUGUGAAAAUCGUAGCUAAUUAGGGCAGCCAGUUAGACUACCAGCUUUUGAGCUUAUGAGUUAAAAGGUAGCAUACUUGAUAGGCCAGUGAUGUGAAAAAGGUGGUAAAAAAGGAGGAUUAGAGCAGUUGCCUUAGUAACUCCAACUUCCAUCUGUGAGGGAACAAUGGACUUGUGUUUCUCCCCUACCUUGGUGUAAAAAUUGGUUUUGUUUUGAAAGGACAGGGUUCUUUUUAUGACAAUCUGGAAUUCAGCCCAACUGAGUGUAGUUUUAGUUGUUAGGAGAGACCAUUGGGGAUAGGAAAGAUGAAAGGUCAUGGUGAGCUUCAAGGACAUGAAAGAAGAAUGUCUUCCAAGCAAGCCACCUCUCCAUUUGCCUGUGCACCUGAUGGAGAGGAUGCGAUGACGCAGGAUUUAACCUCAAGGGAAAAGGAAGAGAGCAGUGAUCAACAUGUGGCCUCCCAUCUGCCUCUGCACCCCAUAAUGCACAACAAACCUCACUCUGAGGAGCUACCAACACUUGUCAAUACCAUUCAACAAGAUGCUGACUGGGACAGCGUUCUGUCAUCUCAGCAAAGAAUGGAAUCAGAGAAUAAUAAGUUAUGUUCCCUAUAUUCCUUCCGAAAUACCUCUACCUCACCACAUAAGCCUGACGAAGGGAGUCGGGACCGCGAGAUAAUGACCAGUGUUACUUUUGGAACCCCAGAACGCCGCAAAGGGAGUCUUGCCGAUGUGGUGGACACACUGAAACAGAAGAAGCUUGAGGAAAUGACUCGGACUGAACAAGAGGAUUCCUCCUGCAUGGAAAAACUACUUUCAAAAGAUUGGAAGGAAAAAAUGGAAAGACUAAAUACCAGUGAACUCCUUGGAGAAAUUAAAGGUACACCUGAGAGCCUGGCAGAAAAAGAACGGCAACUCUCCACCAUGAUUACCCAGCUGAUCAGUUUACGGGAGCAGCUUCUGGCAGCUCAUGAUGAACAGAAAAAACUGGCAGCCUCACAAAUUGAAAAACAACGGCAGCAAAUGGACCUUGCUCGCCAACAGCAAGAACAGAUUGCAAGACAACAGCAGCAACUUCUGCAACAGCAGCACAAAAUUAAUCUCCUGCAGCAACAGAUCCAGCAGGUUCAGGGUCACAUGCCUCCGCUCAUGAUCCCAAUUUUUCCACAUGACCAGCGGACCCUGGCAGCAGCUGCUGCUGCCCAACAGGGAUUCCUCUUCCCCCCUGGAAUAACAUACAAACCAGGUGAUAACUACCCUGUACAGUUCAUUCCAUCAACAAUGGCAGCUGCUGCUGCUUCUGGACUCAGCCCUUUACAGCUCCAGAAGGGUCAUGUCUCCCACCCACAAAUUAAUCCAAGGCUAAAAGGCCUAAGUGACCGUUUUGGCAGGAAUUUGGAUACCUUUGAACAUGGUGGUGGCCACUCUUACAACCACAAACAGAUUGAGCAGCUCUAUGCCGCUCAGCUGGCCAGCAUGCAGGUGUCACCUGGAGCAAAGAUGCCAUCAACUCCACAGCCACCAAACACAGCAGGGACGGUCUCACCUACUGGGAUAAAAAAUGAAAAGAGAGGGACCAGCCCUGUAACUCAAGUUAAGGAUGAAGCAGCAGCACAGCCUCUGAAUCUCUCAUCCCGACCCAAGACAGCAGAGCCUGUAAAGUCCCCAACGUCUCCCACCCAGAACCUGUUCCCAGCCAGCAAAACCAGCCCUGUCAACCCGCCAAACAAAAGCAGCAUCCCUAGCCCCAUUGGAGGAAGCCUGGGAAGAGGAUCCUCUUUAGGUAAAUGGAAAAGUCAACACCAGGAAGAGACUUACGAAUUAGAUAUCCUGUCUAGUCUCAACUCCCCUGCCCUGUUUGGGGAUCAGGAUACAGUGAUGAAAGCCAUCCAGGAGGCACGGAAGAUGCGAGAGCAGAUCCAGCGGGAGCAACAGCAGCAACAGCCACAUGGUGUUGAUGGGAAACUGUCCUCCAUAAAUAAUAUGGGGCUGAACAACUGCAGGAAUGAAAAGGAAAGAUCACGCUUUGAGAAUUUGGGGCCCCAGUUAACAGGAAAGUCAAAUGAAGAUGGAAAACUGGGCCCAGGAGUCAUUGAUCUCACUCGGCCGGAAGAUGCAGAGGGAAGUAAAGCAAUGAAUGGCUCUGCAGCUAAACUUCAGCAGUAUUAUUGUUGGCCAACAGGAGGUGCCACUGUGGCUGAAGCACGAGUCUACAGGGAUGCCCGCGGCCGUGCCAGCAGUGAGCCACACAUCAAGCGACCAAUGAAUGCAUUCAUGGUUUGGGCAAAGGAUGAGAGGAGGAAAAUCCUUCAGGCCUUCCCCGACAUGCAUAACUCCAACAUUAGCAAAAUCUUAGGAUCUCGCUGGAAAUCCAUGUCCAACCAGGAGAAGCAACCGUAUUAUGAAGAGCAGGCCCGGCUAAGCAAGAUCCACUUAGAGAAGUACCCAAACUAUAAAUACAAACCCCGACCGAAACGCACCUGCAUUGUUGAUGGCAAAAAGCUCCGAAUUGGGGAGUAUAAGCAACUGAUGAGGUCUCGGAGACAGGAGAUGAGGCAGUUCUUUACUGUGGGGCAACAGCCUCAGAUUCCAAUCACCACAGGAACAGGUGUGGUGUAUCCUGGUGCUAUCACGAUGGCAACUACCACACCAUCACCUCAGAUGACAUCUGACUGCUCUAGCACCUCGGCCAGCCCGGAGCCCAGCCUCCCGGUCAUCCAGAGCACUUAUGGUAUGAAGACAGAUGCCGGAAGCCUAGCUGGAAAUGAAAUGAUUAAUGGAGAGGAUGAAAUGGAAAUGUAUGAUGACUAUGAAGAUGACCCCAAAUCAGACUAUAGCAGUGAAAAUGAAGCCCCGGAGGCUGUCAGUGCCAACUGAGGAGUUUUUGUUCGCUGAAUUAAAGUACUCUGACAUUUCACCCCCCACCCCAAGAAAAAGUUCUUAAAGAGCCCGCAUGCAUUUGUGGCUCCACAAUUACAUCAGCAGAAUGGUCUUAAUUGUUUCGUAAAGUGUGAGACAGAUUAAGUUUUCCCUGAUUUUUCAUGAACUUGAGUUUUUUGUCUUUAUUGUUAUUGUUGUUGUUGUUGUUGUUGUUUUAAUUUAGGUGAAGACAUAUUAAAUAUGAGACACCAGGACUUGAAAACUUAUCUCAUCCCAUAGAUGUCUUACAAGUCUUAUAUUUUUGUCUUACUUUUUUUUUCUUUUGGAUGUUGAUAAAGGUUUAAGUUACUGUUUUAGAUGGGGUUAAACAUUCUCACUCAGGUAUGCUGUGCCGGCCUACAGGUUGUGAAUGUGUUUUUAUUCUGAAUUAUCUUAGAAAACAACUGAGGAUUUCAUAUUGUGAAACAGAACAAGUCCACGGCGUGUGCAGCUGCAUGUAGAGCAUAUUCAAAAGGCCUCAGAAUUCCAGUUUUCCAUGUGUAGAGUUAAACUUUGAAUGUGCCAAACUUUUUCUUAACUUUUGGAUCUUAAUAUUUUUAAAGUCUUAAAAGAGACACUGCAAAGUCUUAGACAAUCUUUGGCAUCUUAAAAUAAAAGAGAAAACCAACUUUUUUUUUUCCAGAAAAUGGUAAAGUGCUCAGGAAUCUGGAGACAAGAUAUUUUAAGGAAUGAACAAGGUUGCCACAGUGCAUGGACCCAAUUGUGUUUGCCUGUUGACGUGCCAUCAGUGCAUGAUGUGGUAUGACGUACACACACCAGAGCGAUCGCCACACCAGAUAUCGACAGGGUGGUUUUCUCUGCCUGAGACCACCUCUCACUACAUCCAUUAUCCCUUUGCCUUUAACCCUGACAUUCAGUCUUAACACAUCUUCUCUUAAAUAAUUUAUUCAUUCCAGAAUGUCAAGGGUCCACUUACUAUUUAUUUUGUUAAAAAAUUGUUGGUGGCAUUAAUUUAAUAAUUCUUGUUUUUCACCCUUUUUCCCCAAAUAAUUUUUUAGUCCUUUUCACCUCCUUACCUUGUGUACAUAGUGAUUUUAUGCCCCCAGAACGCCUGGAAGCAUUUCUGAAACCAAGAUACUAUUAAAAACUUAUUAUUGUUUUUAAUCAUGAGUAUAUAUCUGGCUGCAGGGCUGUGUAUUGGGAGAGAGGUGUAUAGUCUUACACUUAAACAGGUAUGCCCCUGAGGUUCACUGUGACCUCAAGUUUUUGCCAGAAUUUUCCCCUAAUUCGGUUCACGAGUGGUAGGGUCUGCAUCUUCGGCAUUUCCCCCUGAAUUCCAUUGGUAGCAAGGGUCAACAGUGGUGACUGCCAGGCAGGAGAGUCCUGCGGCCAAACCUGAGCCCCAGGCUUGUGGGCCAUGCAGAAGUCUCAGUGAAGCUGUCCUGGGCUGGCACCUUUACACUGAAUUGCCUUGUCCCAGCUGGCACAUCCAGGGAGUUCAUUGCAAAAUCUCCAGGAUGCAAGAAGCCAUGUGAUAGCCUCAGAGCACAGAUAGUGGCAAAUAAUCAUAAUACAUCUAGAAAAUGAAAGAAAACCAUAGGGGAGGAGAAGCGGGGGAAUACAUUCCCUAUAUGGGAUGUUCCUACUGUUAACUCUGGGGAACAUAUAGCUCCAGGGGCAGUAGAUAGGUUCCUCUGGCUGACUCUUAUCUGUGGCCACAUGGGGACAUACCUACAUGUGAACAGGAUGAACUGCAUUUGUCACACAAGGAUUUCUUUGGAGACAUGCUGCUGGGUGGGAAGCAGUGAGGUUUUAUUCCCCAUCUCCUAACUACAGGGAGCUCUGCCAUGCCAUUUUGACCUUCCUGAAACCAGGACGGGUUGCCUAUGGGGGGGCUUCACCCAGAGAGGUUUAGUGGGAGAAUGUCAGUGAAUGGGACAGUUCAUCUCAUGGGACAACCCAGAAUCUGAUCACCAGGACAUAGGAAUGGCCCCAUCAGAUUUCUUGAGCCAUUUUGUCACUUGGAAGAAAAUAGUGUACCUUCGUAUUUAUUUGAGUGCUCAAGGCCUACUAGCAAUAAACAGGUCUAGCCAAGAAAUUACCAGCUAUGCCAUUAGCUGAGAGUGCUCUCUAUAAGCUGAUUAAGGUACUGAUAGGAAUGUUUUGUUCUUCAUAUUGGUUGGGGAUUAGAAAUUUGUUUUUGUACAUUUAUUUCAAAUGAGGAGGAGGUCUUUUUUUCUAAAAAAAAAACUGAAUAUUUAUUAUUGUCUUACUGAUUUCUUUGAUUUAUAUACCUCUCCUCCUCUGUUCACUCUCGUUUUUUUUCUCUUUCUCUUUGGCUUUUGCUUGUGCUUUCUCUCACUUCUCUUAUUUUGUUGCAUUGGUAGAGUGUUGUAUGGCUAGUUUUGUAUUGUAUGUAAUUAAUUUUGCACAAAGGCAAACAUUUAGCAUAGUAGGUUAAUUUUGUUUGUUUUUAUGACCAUGCCAAAAUAAUAUUCUGGGCUGGUGGAGAACAAAGGACUGUUCUUUAGGACUGAAACUUGAUUUUGCUUGUAGUAAGUAAAAAAAAAAAAAAAAAAAAAACACACACACUCACAGAUGUUGUUUCGUAAGUGUUAUAAGCACUGGAUAUAAAUGGUAUUUUUUAUCACUUCUGACUAAUGUGAAACUGUUGUACGAAAACUACAUGAACAAAAGUCAUCUGUUUCGACUCGUGUGGGCUUGCCUCACAGUUGCCGGAUUUGAGUCAUUUUUAUGUCUUGUUAUUUCAUUUAUUUAUGCAAAAUACAUGUGUGUAUGAACACUUUGUUUUAGCUCCAGCUCUGCCUCAGUACUGGGGUUCAGUUACUUUAAGCCAUGUUCUUAAAAAUGAAAGGCUAUUCAGGAAUGAUCUGAUUGUAAACAUCUCUUUCAUUGGAUCAAACAGUAAUGCUGUAUUUGAAUCUAAAUUUUGUGUAUAAGCAGUUUAUUUAUUAGCCAAGUUUGGCUCUAAAUAUCCAUGGAAAUUAAGAAUGACAAUCAUAGGGAUCACUUCAUUUUAUUUUCAGUGGGGCUUAAACAAAGUUUUUAUGACUUUACCAUCUCAUUUUAGAUUUUUCUAAUUGUGUAAAUAUAACAUAGAAAUAGAAUUUAUUUUUGGUUCAUGAAUUCUUAGUGAGAUAUAAGUUAUGUAUUUCCUUUUUGUUCUCUAUCCGUAGAUGCUGGUCCAAACUGAAAGUUGAUGAGUCACUGUGCCUCAUGGCAGUAGUGAGUUAUCAGUUACAGUGAGAGAGCAGUGUUCAGCCUGCAGCUGGGACAGGCUUCACCAGGGUUCUCAUGCAGUUCAGAACCCACUGUCCACAGAUUCAGACAUUUCCCAGUUUCUUACGGAAAGUUGAUGAUUGGACAUACUAAAUUUCCACUACAGCUAGGAGACAGUUUGCUUUGUGAGUCCACAUAAAUCUUCUAAGGUAGUUCUGUGACCAUUUAAUAGCAAGAAGCAUGAAUGCCAUUAUGAAAGCAAAAAUCCACCUCUGAGAUUGGCCAUUAUUAAAAGUUCCACCAUGUCAGUUUGGUGUCAAUAAUAUUAAGCAACCUUGCUUUUGCUUCCUAUUCCAUAGUAUCUUCAAAUCUAAGAUAAAAAGUAUCUCCAUUUUGUUAAAGAACACACAGGGUCGGGGUUCUCCUUGUUACUUAGAAUUGGAACACUGGCAGACAAUCCUCUCCUUAAAAAAAAAAGGGCGAUAUGGAAUAGAAGGGAAAGGAGAAAAGAAGGAAGGCAGGAAAAAGGAAGGAAGGGAGAGAGAAAGAAAAGGUCGCUUUGCGGAAGUGAGCCGCCAGGCCGACAACUUUUCUAUUUCAUUGGCAGAUAUGAAACAGUGUCUUUUCCAGGAAGGUAUGGAAGCUUUGUUGUUUUCACACGUAUCCAACUCAGUCUUUUAGGAGCACAUCAGUUUGCUUCAUUAGAUAUUUGAUACUCUCCAGCCUUGUCCUCAGGCCUGAUUUGAUUUGCCAGGGUCCUGACACCAAUGCCCAGGCCAACUUCUAAAUUCAGGUGUGGGCUCACAGUGCUAUUGAGCUUGUCGAAUUCUGGCCUCCCCUGAACAUUUAGCCCCACGGGAGCCUCAGGGUGUUUGAAAAGGGUGUGAUCACUCUAGGGCUGAAAUUAAAGGCUGCUUUCUUUUCCUUCUGAAGCCAGGCUGCUUCUCUGGAGCACACCCUCCUGAGCCAGGAACACAGGCACUAGCUGAAAGCAGGGAUUGUUUCGGGGAAGCCCAUUUACCCUCAGUAGGAAGGCAGCCUGGUCACUUGAACAGCACAGCUGAGGCUGCUUCUCUCAAUUUACUCAUUUUGCAAAGAAUUGACCUCUACCAACUCAUUAGGGAGAGAAAAAAAAAAUCGCUUAGUAAUUUUAGAUCAUCGAGAAGUCCCGUAUCAAGUGCCAACAACUGCAAAGAAACGCAGCUAGAGGAAUGUAUUGAAAUUAUUACUGGGUCUUCCUUUUAAUGAGAAAAUGACCAAAAUGGUUGCUGUAGCCCUGCCUGGUUUUGUACACGUUUGUCUAAGGAUUGAGUUGGCACUUAAGUUCACUUCUCAAAGUAUAAUAAUAUUGUAUGACCUCAUUUGUCCUUUCACAAAAGCACUUGCAUCAUUUCCUUAAGUCAUCUGCUCCCUGACAUGUUUUCUUCCCGAAUAAACAACUUCUGUCUGUUAUUCCUGCCAAUGAUGUUCUGUUUCUGAUGCCAUAUCCUAUUGAGCGUGCCCCUGCACUAAUAUCACUGAAAAUAUUGAUAUGCAAACACAUUUCCUUUUCAUCCCCAUUCCAUCUUUUCUUUUGGGACAGAUUGCUUUCCAAAAGUUCAUGAACAAGUAUUUGGAAUGCUGGUACCUUUGGGGCAGAGGUAAGGGUGGGUGGGGUGGGGGCAGAAAGGUAAUGCUUAAUGCAGAUACUCUUCUAAUCAGUGUCCGUGGCAAUAUGAACGCUUGAAGACAACUCAGUGACGUAUCUUGCUCAGUAGUUUCUUAUUCCUGAAGAACCACAAGCAUAAAGUGAGGCCUCAGUGCUGGUGCUCUUGGAGUAUGGGGAAUGUGCAAAUAUUGAACUGUUUUGUAUGCUGCACAUUGCAGGUCUGCUCAUGUGCAUUCUCCCUUUGUCUUCCUUUGUCAUAUGUGUUGUUGCUUUUUUGAAAGUGCAGUCUUUAUUGUACCCUCCUCCAGCUUGUAGCAAAUUAGAAUGCUUAGCAUUUAUGUUCAUUCAUUAUUGUAUUUGCCAUGUAAAAUUUUUAUUAUCUUAGACAAGCUUAUAAGCUGUUACUACAUAACUUAUCUUACUGUAACUCUUUUAUUUCCCCCGACGUUGUAAUUUGUUUGUGAUGUAUAUUGUGAGAUUGUAUUCUAUGUUAAUUUAAUCAGCACAAUUCACUGACAUGCUGGACUGACAUGCUGGCUGCUGUUUCAAAGUGUAAAGUUUGUGUAGGGCUGUUGGGACAACUGCAACUCUGUUGUCAAGGUACUGUGCUUUGGUUCCUAUAGCAACACUGGGUGUGGCCCUCAAAUUGCUAAGGGCAUUUAACACACCCUGGAGCAAAUUUUAACUGCAGAUUUUCUUUGUAGAAAUUCUAUGUAUAAUGCAGGUACCUACUUGGCCCAUGGCUGGUAACUAUUUGGGCAAUUAGAGAAAAAAAAACAAAAAACCAUAAAAACUAGUGUCUAUUGCUGCUUUGAAUAUGUUUGAAAGUCUGAAAAUGUAAAUAGUUUAUCAAAAAAAAAUCUUGUACAGUCCAGUGUAAAGUUUUUAAAUGACCGUAAGGGUUGCCAUCACAUCUUUCUCACACUCUCCUCUUGAUAAUAAUAAUUAAAAGUUUGCAAAGGAUUAAAGAAAUGGGAAAAAUUUUUUAAAUCUUCAAAUUUACAGGAAUGAAUUAUUGUUCUUAGCUUUGUUGCUACACAAACUUCUCGGAUUUUGUUGUGCAGUAUUGAAGUGAGAUAAAGCUCAACAUUGAAUAAUCUUUCAGUGGUACUUUUCAAAGUCUUCCCCUCCUCUGCCUCAUAAUUAAGGGAAAGGACAAAAUUGAAAGACACACUGUCUUUAUCUAUCCUGGUGUAUGUUGGCACCUUAGCUACUUUUUUUUUUUUUUUCCUUUUUGCACAAGGUGCUUUCCUGAUAUGUUCAACAUGCCAUCUUUGGGUGAUAAUGUAUAUGCCGUGAUGGGGUUCAGGCCCCUUAGGGGAGUGUCUAUAAGAACUGCCUAUUUAUGCUCAUUUACCUCAAGACUGUCCUCUCUACCCUAAUCUAGUUGUCAUCACUCCAUCUUUUGUACUGCUGUUGACACUUACAAAUUAAAGAUAAAUUUUGUUUUAUGA